CCCGAACGCAGCAGAAGAAAACACCGACGUAAGAACGGCCUCAUCGAUCUCCCUCUGCUCAUUUUUUGUCUGUGAUGGCCUGGAUUUGUGUCUAAUUUUGUGGAUUCUCUCUUGGUCACAAUCUGACUGUGUUUCUUCUCACUCGUUUGAUUAUCUGCCUUUCGCCCCCAUCCACGAAACCAGACACGUUUCCCGGUUGCCUGCCUCCUUAUCUACGAUUAGAUCCACCCCGACAUAUCGCUCCGAUCGAGACACGCCACGACUUGAAUUACCUCUCUGGAUUAUCUAUCUAAAUUACAACGUCUAUCCUUCACGAUCAAGCCACCGACAAGAUGACCGGCCCCUCCAUACAAGAUCGCACCAGCGAGUUCAACUCCAUCCUCGGCCAGGCCCAGAAGCGCCUCACCACCAACAAAGUCGGAGCUCAGCGGCAGGCUCUUCUGUCGGAUGCACAGAAACGGCAGACUAAUGGGUUCGCCGAGCCGGGGGUACCCGGAGAGAAGAGAAGGUCGGAGUUUGCCCGCCGUGCGGUGGAGAUCGGGCGGGGGAUCACAGGAACGACGGCGAAAUUGCAACGGUUGGCGGAAUUGGCAAAGCGAAAAACCCUCUUCGACGACAGACCGGUGGAGAUCUCCGAGUUGACCUAUGUCAUCAAGCACGACCUGGCAUCGCUCAACCAGCACAUCGCCUCGCUGCAGGCCUUUACGCAAUCCCAACAUCCCAAGGCCAGCCGAUCCAAGGCCGACCAAGAAGGGGAGCACAAUGAUAAUGUGGUGGUCAUGCUGCAAGGAAAGCUAGCCGACGUGGGCGCCAACUUCAAAGAAGUUCUAGAAGUACGCACCAAAAACAUCCAGGCGUCGCGAUCGCGCACGGAGAACUUCGUCUCGUCCGUCUCGUCCAAAUCCCAGAGCGCCCUCGACACGCAGCGCUCGGACUCCCCGCUGUACAACACCUCGGGCCGCCGGACGCCGCAGCCCGGCGGCGCGUCGGACCUUCUCACGCUGGAACCGUCGAACCCGUCGCCACUGGGCCGCCCGAACAUGCACUCAGACCAGCAGCUGCUGGUGAUGGAAGAGGCACAGACGAAUAACACGUACAUCCAGGCGCGCGGCGAAGCCAUCGACGCCAUCGAGCGCACCAUCAGCGAACUGGGCGGCAUCUUCGGCCAGCUGGCGCAGAUGGUCAGCGAGCAAUCGGAGAUGAUCCAGCGCAUCGACGCCAACACGGAUGACGUGGUCGACAACGUGCAGGGCGCCCAGCGCGAGCUGAUGAAAUACUGGGGACGUGUCCAGGGGAAUCGGUGGUUGAUAGCGAAGAUGUUUGGUGUUUUGAUGAUCUUUUUCCUUCUCUGGGUGUUGAUAUCAGGAUAGAAACGCCCUUAUCCUUGACCCACUUACUAAUGUAAUAAUAUCUUCUAUUCACCUUGGGGCCGAGUCCGCUGCGCUGGACGAGCCUUAGCAUUGCCACAUUACAUGUCUAUCUCUACCUUUACCUCUAUCUCUAUCCCUACCUA